UUCGUCGUCCUCCUCCUCCUCUGGGUGCGCGCCAUGUGGAUCCAGGUGCGCACCAUCGACGGCGCGCAGACCCAGACCAUCGACGACCUCAGCCGCCUCACCAAGAUCGAGAGCCUGCGCGAGAAGAUCCAGGAGAGCUUCCGCGUGAGCCCGGACAGGCAGCGCCUCUUCUACCGGGGCAAGCAGCUUGAAGAUGGACACACCUUAUUUGAUUAUAAUGUUGGACUGAAUGAUAUAGUUCAGCUUUUGAUACGCUCAGAAUCUGAUGCUCCUGCUUCUCCAUCAACGGAUGAAGAUGGAAAGCCCAGUUCCUGUGGAGUUGCGAACUGUCAGAACAAAGUCAAGCAAGGAGCAAACAGUGGAUCAUCUAAUCAGCCAUCUACAUCAGCACGUUCGUUUCUUAUUGAUCCUGGCAUUGGACGAUACAAGAUAAAUGAACUUGUGGAUGCCCGAGAUGUUACUAUUGGAUCCUGGUUUGAAGCUCAUAUACAAAAUGUAACUCAAGCAACAAAAGGACAUAAAAAUGGAAAAGCUCAAGGAAAGAGUGGCAGUAAUUACAAAAGGACUAAUGGAAACUUAAACCAAGAUCACUCUAGAGAAAAUGCAAAUAAUUUGGACAAUGCACCUUCUACAUCUUACUCAGAUUAUAUGGACACUGAUGAAGAUACUGUUUAUCAUAUCAAGUAUGAUGAGUAUCCAGAGAGUGGCAUCGUAGAAAUGUCCGUCCGUAAUCUACGACCACGAGCAAGAACUAUUUUGAAGUGGAAUGAAUUAUGUGUGGGUGAUUUGGUGAUGGUUAACUACAAUGUAGAGAGUCCGGAAGAGAGGGGAUUCUGGUUCGAUGCAGAAAUAACCUCUCUGAGAGAAAUUUCAAGGACUAACAAAGAAGUUCAUGCCAAAAUUUUGCUGGGCGGUCCAGAAGAUGUCAUAAAUGAUUGCAAACUCGUUUUUAUAGAGGAAAUAUACAAGAUUGAAAAGCCAGGAGCGUAUCCACUGACAUUUGCAGACGGAGAGUUCAAAAGAAAGAGUGGUCCAGAAUGCAAGCAUUGCAGAGCGGACCCUGAUAAAGAAUGCCGAUUUUGCUCUUGUUAUUUGUGUGGGGGGAAACAGGAUGCUCACAUGCAACUUCUUUGUGAUGAGUGCAAUAUGGCCUACCAUAUAUACUGCCUGAACCCACCUUUAAGCAAGAUACCAGAAGAUGAAGACUGGUACUGUCCUUCCUGUAAAAAUGAUUCUAAUGAAGUUGUAAAAGCUGGGGAAAAGCUCAAGCAGAGUAAAAAGAAGGCAAAGAUGCCAUCUGCCUACACAGACAGCCAGCGAGAUUGGGGCAAGGGUAUGGCUUGUGUUGGUCGUACUAAGGAAUGCACUAUUGUUCCUUCUAACCACUAUGGACCCAUACCUGGAGUUCCUGUUGGAGCAACCUGGAAGUUCAGAGUUCAGGUGAGUGAAGCAGGUGUUCAUAGACCUCAUGUUGGUGGAAUUCAUGGACGGAGUAAUGAUGGAGCUUAUUCCCUUGUGCUGGCUGGAGGAUUUGAAGAUGAAGUAGAUCGAGGUGAUGAAUUUACUUACACUGGGAGUGGUGGAAGAGAUCUGUCUGGCAAUAAAAGGAUUGGAGAACAUUCAUUUGAUCAAACUUUGACACACAUGAACAGGGCACUUGCGCUAAAUUGUGAUGCCCCCCUGGAUGAUAAAAAUGGAGCCGAGUCUAAAAACUGGAGAGCUGGCAAGCCAGUCCGAGUGGUUCGCAGCUCAAAGGGCCGAAGGAUCAGCAAAUAUGCCCCUGAAGAAGGCAACAGAUACGAUGGCAUUUAUAAAGUGGUGAAAUACUGGCCUGAAAUUGGAAAAUGUGGAUUCUUAGUUUGGCGCUAUCUUCUGAGAAGAGAUGAUGCUGAACCUGCCCCAUGGACUUCAGAAGGAAUGGAAAGGUCAAAGAAAUUGGGCUUGAGUUUACAGUACCCGGAAGGCUAUUUGGAAGCUAUGGCGAGCAAAGAAAAGAAGGAUAAAGUAAAAAAGCAACCUACAAAACAGGAGCCAACAGAACAGAGCAAUGGAAAUCAGAAAAGACUGAUUGAUGAUGAAGGAAUUGAGGAACCCACAAACGCAGCCAAAGUCAUGAGGAUGGGAGACGGAGGGAAAGGAGAAGGCGGCAAAGGAGAAGCUUUCCAGCUCACUCAGCAGCAGCAGUGGUUGAUUCAGGAAGAUUCUCCGAACCAGAAGCUGUGGGAUGAAGUUCUCGCUUCUCUUAAGGAAGGACCGAACUUUUUGAAGAAACUGGAACAAUCUUUUAUGUGUGUCUGCUGCCAGGAGCUGGUAUACCAACCGGUGACCACAGAGUGCCUCCACAAUGUCUGUAAAAGCUGUUUACAGCGCUCCUUUAGAGCUGAAGUCUUCACCUGCCCUGCUUGCCGACAUGACCUUGGAAAGGGUUACACCAUGGUUCCCAACAAAAUACUGCAGACACUACUUGACCAGUUCUUCCCUGGUUACAGCAAAGGACGGUGAUAUGAGUUCAGUUCUCAGUAUACUUCUCUUAAUGACUUACAGACUGUACAAAGAGAAGAAACCAGGAAAAUUCAAAAGAGGACCAGCUGGCUUGAGCGCAGUUCACAUGACUGUCACAUUGUGGAGCGGCUAACUCAACCUUCUUUCCCAUUUUGCAAUCUUUUUUGUGUAGUGAUAACUUCACAUUCUCAGCUGACUUUCAACCCUGAAGGUAGUUUUGGACAGAUGACAACAAGGGGGGCGGGGUACAAGCCCCGGCUCUGACUGGCCACAACAGCGGAUGCUUCAGUUUGUUUUUUGUUACUACCUCAGAUGGAGGAAAACAAAUUGUGGGGAAUUUUAAGAGCGCGUCAGAUGAAGUUCAGCUACACACUGCCUCCUGAAUAUUAGUUUGCCCGGUCCAUGCAGUUUGAUUUUACAACAAGAAAACAGCACUUAAGCUAGUUUUUAAUUACAGAACAUCAAAUUCUGUGGUGUGCAUAAUCUUUUUGUGCGUGUGCAUUUCCUGCCAUUAUGCUGUUUUUCUUAAUUUCUUUUGCAAGAACAGGCUUUUAGUCUAUUUUUGUGAGCGUCAUUGUGCUCUUGUAUCUUAUGCAAGUUGACUACUAAUGACUGAGAACAAUAUGAAUGCAUUGUUGCUGUUAAUGUAAAGUGAUUUGUGUUUUUUGCACUUAAAGAGGGUAUUCAAAACACUCUAGUUGUGUAAAAACUAUUUCAUAUGAAACAAGCCACUUUUGUAUUAGGUAAAACUGUAUGCUUUUAGUAGGUCUUGUAUCAGUGGCAAUACAUCUUACACAGCAUUGAGAGCAGUGCUAGCUUGGAGAGGGCUCAAAUCGCUUCAUAUUGUGAUCUGAAAUUUUAUAUACAGUAUAUUCCUCUUCCCCAAUAUACCUUAUUAAAUAUUUUAUGAUUCAUAAA